GACGAGGCCUAUCCCCCGCCCUCCGUUGAAAAAUAGAAUAGCAAAGUUUUCAAUGAGAUUCACUGAAGGAUAGUCCUGGAUAGUACUCGACUGUCUCAAAGUAGACGUGCAUAGACCCAUGAAAUUAAAUGUGUUACGUGAUAUUGAAAUUUGAUUUGAUGUUUGCUAUUUCUUCUUAUUCAUUAAAUAUUGAUGGACUUGUAUAUCAAUUAAGCAACAGUUUCAUGACCCAUAGCAAUCAUGGCGUUUAUUUGCACCUGAAAGAAAGUAUUGCAGGUGAUUAUUGCACAGCUUGGAGGUCUCUGUUUGUAAUCCAUAUAACAUGCCUCCUGAUCCCUCUCGAGGCCCAUUCAAUGCAGGAGUCACUACGAAGCAGUAGUGGAGGAGGGUUUUCUGUUAAAGCACUCUUGUCCUGAGGACAAUUCUGACAUUGACUCUGAUGUUAAUAAUGUUAAGGAGGUGUUUGUGAGUGUGUGACCCCUCUGGCCUGUUAACGUGGAAAGGUGGUUGCCAUCAGGCGCGUCGCACCCGUGGGGGAUGUGGGUGUUUUCCCACAGUUUUUCACAAACACCUUGCGUCGAACUGCCGCCGUAGCUACGUCGUAGGCUGUGUGUAGCGAUUAUAUUGCCUGAGUGAACAGAACUGCGUCCAUAGCAACGCUCUGUUUGUCACGGCAACGCUUGCUACGCCCCUGGUUGCCAUGGCGUCCUCUAAGGAGGCUCUGAGGCGUCAGAGACGGAGAGAGCUGGACGCGAGGCGGAGCAAGUCACGCGUGCGCCUGGGGCCGUGUGUCCUGCGCUGGGGACAACUGAAGGACAGCCUGGGGUUCACCCUACACUCAGAGCUGGCUCAGUACCUGCUGGAGAGUUACCUCUCCAAGUCAUGCUCCAGAGAAGAGUCUGCCAUCAUGGCGUCCGUAGAAGGCCUUCACAGGCUGGUGCUGCUGGUCCACCUCCACGGCCAGCGCUGCCCACAUCUACCCACCCUCCAGCAGGGCUUUGCCACCGCAGGGUCCGACCCGUGCCCAGGCCAGAGAUGGAGGGCGGGUAAGAAGUCUGAGUUGGGCACCAAAGACAGCAGCGGCUCAGAGAACGGACCUUCCUCCACAAGGGACGGACUGAUGGAAUCAACAAAGGCGUUAGAUGGGGAGCGCAGCCUGAACUAUGUCUGCGAGAACGGCCAUGUUCUCUCCUGGUGCCCAACCACGCCGGGGAGUGAGGGGGGUGAAGGAGGAGGGGAGACCGACGGGGGCCUUAGUCUCACCGCAGGCCCGCCCAGAGAGACCGCACAGGGGGGCGCCGGCGAGGUGGUGAGGGGGGGCGCGGAUGGGGGUUCAGGCAUGAGGACCAGACGUCGCAAUGGGCUACGACAGACGGAAACCCCGCGUGAGACCCCACAGGGAGCGGAGGAAGAGACAGGAGAGCAGGACCGCUCCAGUCCCACUCCCGGGACGCACAACACCAGAGAGGGCAGUGCUCAGGUGGGACCCGAGACAGGAAAUGAUGUCGUGCCAACAGGAUCCCCUCAAUCAUCGCAGGAAUGCAGCGACCCAGCCACGUCACCAGAGGCCAGCACGGAACCUCAGAAGAGUACGGAACAUUCUGACCGCAGCAGACAGACGGCACAACCAGGCUGGAGGAGAAACCGGACCAGUUUGGCAAACUAUGAUGUUCCUCUGUUCGGUGGUAAAAGAAAAAGGAAGGCAAACCCGAGAGAAAUACUGCAGUGUACUUAUGAAGGCUGUGAAAAGAUCUUCUCCAGUCGACAGUACCUCAAUCAUCACAUGAAGUACCAGCACGUCCAGCGGAAGACGUUUACCUGCUCUCACCCACCCUGUGGGAAGUCCUUCAACUUCAAGAAACACCUCAAGGAGCACCAGAAGCUGCACAGCAACCAGAGAGACUACAUCUGUGAGUUCUGUGCUCGAGCCUUUCGCACCAGCAGUAACCUGCUCAUCCAUCGACGCAUCCACACAGGGGAGAAGCCACUGCAGUGUGAGGUGUGUGGUUUCACCUGCUGUCAGAAGGCGUCCCUGAACUGGCACAUGAAGAAGCACAACGCCGAGAGCAGCUACCAGUUCCCCUGUGACAUCUGUGGCCGCCGCUUCGAGAAGAGGGACAACGUCAGCGCUCACCGGGGCAAAAGCCACCCCGAGCAUCCUGUCAACGCCUCCAGCGCCCUUCCUGCCUCUACUGCCUCUGUUGCCCCCUCGCCAUCAGUCCCUGCGUGUCCGGAGAGGAUGGCCAACACUCAAUCAGACUGAGGACCGGUUACCACUGGCAGCCAGUCACUGACUCACUGACACACCUCAGAACGCUCAGAAAACAGCACCAGUUCUCAUCACUAGCAGCCACUCUGUCUCUUAGCCUGUGACGUCUCUGGGGGUGUGUCCUGUUUACUGAGGGUAUAAAUAGAGUGUGUUGUGGUUGAAGUAUUUUGUGUAAAUACUGUCAGGGUAUUCACAGGCUUGUAUGAUGUGUGAAGGGUUGUUGACCUCCGACCUCUUCAGAGGCCUUAGGGCAAAGUCUACUUGCUUAAAGCUGCGCCGAAGCCUCAGUGAUUGCAAGUUUACACAACAAUCAGGCAUUAUAGUUUAUAUUUAUAUCAAUAAAAAAAGUAAGCGGUUUCAUGCUAAAAGGUACUCAAAAACCAACAGUUUUUUUUUUCUUGUAGCAGUCCAGUGACUAAAUGUAUAUAGGAAAACAAAAGUUGACAUGGAUGAUUUUGGUGCUCAUUCAGUAGGUGGAUUUAAACCACUUUUCAAUGUUUUUGGGGUAAAAAAACACUACUAUGUUUUUAUAUAUUCCCCAAAUAAAACUUUUGUAGACACUC